GUCACACCUCUGCCUACACGCUUCUCUCUCUCUCUCUCUCUCUCGCUCGUCAGUCGCACUGAUGCUCAGUUCCCCUUCUCUCUCAGAUCUCUCUCUCUCUCUCUGAGGCUAAAUUUUUUAUCGAAUUUCGACCUGAUUUAGCUGCAGGCAACACCCAACUGUGUACACGGUUAAGAAAGGAUCUUGUCAAUUCUACUAGUAAAUGGAUCUGAGUACCAUCAGAGAUGCAUUUGAUCGAGUUGCCAAGAAGCAAAAGUUGUCUACUUCUAAAUCCCUGGAAGUCAUAGACCAAGUUGGCCGUGAAAUUGAACAGGCGUUGGCAAAUAUCCAGUCCAUUCAGGACCUCACCUCUCCUGCACCCAUCCUUGUAGAACUUAAAACUAAGCUGAAUGCGAUUGGCCCACACAACCAGCUUGAGGGAUCACAAAAGGAGCUAAACAUAAACCUAAAUAAGUACCCAAAGACCCUAGAAAGAUUUUUCAAUCCUGACAUAUCUAAAGCAUACAGAAAUGUUGAUUUUGACUCCCACAUCGUGAAUCAUAUCAUUGCAAGCCAUUUUUACCGUGUAGGUCUGUUUGACAUUGCAGACUGCUUAAUAAACGAAGCCGGGGAGCCAGAGGCCAUUUUCCUCAAAUCUCGUUUUCUAGAGUUGCAUCAAAUACUGGAUGCUAUGAGGGCUAGAAACCUCAAACCUGCUCUGUAUUGGGUCUCUACCAACCGUGAAAACCUCGUGCAGAACGGUUCAAAUCUUGAGUUGAAACUUCACCGCCUACAAUUUGUGGAGAUUCUCCGGAACAAAAGCCAAGCCGAUGCGCUGAAUUAUGCUAGGACUUUUCUUGCUCCUUUCGCUACCCUUCACAUGGACGAGAUCCAGAAGCUCAUGGGUUGCCUCUUGUGGGUAGGAAAACUCGACAGAUGUCCAUAUUCUGAGUUUCUGUCUCCUACCCAUUGGGAGAAAUUGGCCGAGGAGUUGAUGUGGCAGUUCUGCAGUUUCUUGGGGCAGUCAUCGGAGAGCGCAUUAAGCGUGGCGGUGGCUGCUGGGGUUGAAGGAUUGCCUACUUUGUUGAAGCUGGUCAAUGUGAUGGCAGCAAAGAAGCAGGAGUGGCAGGCGAUGAAACAGUUGCCGGUGCCGGUGGAUUUGAGGAAGGAGUUUCAGUUCCAUUCGAUAUUUGUGUGUCCGGUGAGUAGGGAACAAGGCAGUGAAGAGAAUCCGCCAAUGCUGUUGCCGUGUGGGCAUGUCCUUUGCAAGCAAUCUAUCAUGAAACUUUCCAGAAGCAGCACUCGAACAUUUAAGUGUCCUUAUUGUCCUCUUGAGGCUUCUGUUGCACAAUGCAGGCAGCUGUGCUUCUAAUAGGCAUCUGUGAAGGUGUCUCUCUCUCUCUCUCUCUCAUAGACUGAAUUUGUGGUAUUGAUGUGCAGGUAUUGUGGGUUAUGUAAAUAGAUAUUCUUUCUGAAUUCAUGUGUUACUUAUUCACGUGUCCUACCAGUAAUCAACUUAUAUUGCUUAGCAUAAGGAAAAUGAUCCACAAAAAAGGCAUGUGAUUUUCUAUCUCCAAAUCGCUAUCUCAAUGUACUUCUAGUCGUAAGACCAUGUCUUAAGAUUCUUGUGUGUUGAGAUUCUCACACAAUUUUAUGAUUGACAAUUUAUUGGGGUAGAGAAAUAUAACUA